AUGAAUAUGCAACAAAGAGAAGAAAAGCAAUUGGAGACUACUAUCCAGGCGAUAUUAAAUAGAGUUAACGAUUUGAAGUCAGCAAUUCAGGCACUCGUAUCGAAAUUAGAGAAUGAAUAUGAAACUAUAAAUUGGCCCACAUUUCUUGACAAUUAUGCUAUUUUAUCUGGACAUUUAACAGGAUUAAGUAAAAUACUGCAAGCUGAACUUGCAGCAUCAUUAAGGUCAAGAAUUGUCUUACCUUUACAAUUAAGUUGUGAGAGAGAUGAGGCAUUGGCACGCUUAUCAGAAGGACGUGUUCCCGCAUGUACCCAUGAUUUAGUACCAGACCUGUUACGUACUAAGCCUGAACCACAAGCAGAACAAAGGCUACAACAGUUUAACCACAAAGCCAGUACCCUAAGUUAUGAUACUGCUCAGAAACAAGUGGCACAAUUCACUAAAGUCGUAAGCCAUGUAUGGGAAAUAAUAUCAAAAGGUCGCGAAGACUGGGAUGGAGAUUCAAUGCGUUCAGCUGGUAUGCAACCAACGCAUAGUAUGACAGACACUCAUGCUUUAGUGACAGCUGUAGGAACCGGCAAAGGACUGCGUCCUGGUAUUCCUUCAAUAGUUCCAUCAGGAGUAGGUGCUCCUGGAAUGGGGCAAUCACGGGGACCUGCUCCUCAACUCGGCCAAGCCACACCUUCAUUACCCAAAGCACCAUCUGCUAUUAAAACUAACAUCAAAGCAGCUAAUCAAAUACACCCUUACCAGCGUUAA